UUUCUUCUCGGAAGAAGCCAAAACGAGAAGGAAAAGAACAGUCAGAGAAAAGCCUAGGUGUGCGUUACGAAAACAGGGACGAGAUUGCAUCUCCAAAUAUGCUGCCUUGCUCUGCUUGGGUGAUGCAAGGAUGGAUGAGAAUCGUGGGCUGAUGCCCCUUCCAGCAAACGCCGUAGCUGCUGCUAUGGGAAAGCCAAUUCUGGUCCUCCCGUGUUAGAUGGCCUGCCUGUUGGAAAGCUGAGCGUUUCCACCUUUACCUUCUCAGACGGUUUCUUCAAAUCUGCGAGAUGAAGCCGUCUUCUUUCCCAGAUCCUUAAUAUCUCCACUUCAGGGAGGAUGAGUAUUUGCUGUUAUUGGACUGCACGGAGCUUCUUUCCUGGUGUCAGAAUCCUCACUUUGAAGAAAUCUCUGUGUUUUGUAAGAAAAUGGAGGAAGGAACCUGCCACCCGAUUCACCUGUGUUGAUAUUCAAAAUUGGUUUGGAUGUCAAACAGUGGCAAAGUUCCUCUUUUUGUGCUGGGGGAUUGAAGGAUUGUCUCGGGAGAUCAAGUGUGAAGGUGGAGCUAGUAAAGUGGUCAAGACUAACAUUGGUAGCCCUCUUAGUCAAGCAAGGCUUUCUUCAGUGGCUUUCCUUCAGCAUUUUGGAUUUGCCUUCUCUGUAAUUAUCCGAGGUUUCAUCUUGUUGUUGAAGUUUGGCCCUUUGAUCUGGUUUUAUCCUUUUACCUAUUUUUCUCCAGGCUUUGCCACACUCUGGCUCCACCUUCUUCUUAAGACUACAGAGUCCUCUGGUCCCACCUUCAUCAAACUGGGACAGUGGGCAAGCACAAGGCGAGACCUCUUUUCAGAAGAGUUUUGUGUCAAGUUCUCCAAGCUUCACAUCAAAGUGAUUCCUCACUCAUGGGAUUACACCAAAGGCUGUUUAGAGAAAGCCUUUGGGGAAGGCUGGGACAAGAUAUUCAUGUUUGAAAGCAGAGAACCUAUCGGGUCUGGUUGUGUGGCCCAAGUAUACAAAGCUUAUGUAGACAGCUCCACUCUCACAGAGCCAGUGCUGAGUGAACGCUCAAAGACUUCUGUGUUGGAUUCUGCUUUGGAGGCCUGGCAGACCUCAGGUCUUAAGGGACUUUUCAGAUGCUUCUGGCGGAGGAAGCACAAAGGCAUUUUGGAAGGUGACCAUCGACCACUUCACAAAGAUGGUUUCUAUGAAAACGUACAGAAUUCCAGCUCUGGAUGUCUAAGAAUGUCCUUAUUUUCCAAGGGGAACCAUCUUUUCCCAGUAGCCAUUAAGGUGCUGCAUCCUGGAUUAGUUCAGCAGGUGCAGAUGGAUCUAUUUCUCAUGAAAAUUGGCAGCCGAUUUAUUGAGUUUUUCCCUGGGAUCAGGUGGCUCAGCUUGACUGAGAUUGUGGAAGAGUUUGAGAAGCUCAUGAUUCAGCAGAUUGACUUGCGCUAUGAAGCAAGAAACCUAGAACACUUCCAUCUGAAUUUCCAGGGUACUGAUUAUGUGAGGUUUCCCCUUCUGCUUCACCCGUUUGUGACAAAAAAUAUCCUAGUGGAAACUUUUGAGGAGAGCAAACCCAUAUCCCAGUAUCUGCAUACAGAAACCACAAUGGAACUACAGCGAAAAUUAGCUAAGAUGGGAAUGGAUAUGCUUCUAAAGAUGGUGUUUGUUGAUAACUUUGUCCAUGCUGAUCUGCAUCCUGGGAAUAUCCUGGUCCAGGGAGCAGAACACUUUGGUGAUCAUCAUGAAGAUGGGGCAGUCAUAGUGGAUCUGAUGGACACACUAAUUUUAGAAUUACAGCCCUCUCACUCACCACUCCGACUGGUGCUUCUGGAUGCAGGGAUUGUAGCUGAGCUGCAGGGUGCAGAUCUUGAGAACCUGAGGGCAGUGUUCACUGCUGUUGUAUUGGGGCAGGGAGAGAAAGUGGCUGAAUUGAUUCUUCAUCACUCCAGAGCUAACCAGUGCAAGGAUGUGGAGAGAUUCAAGGCUGACAUGGCAGAGCUGGUGACAAGGGCCAGAAGCAAUACUGUUGCACUGGGGAAGUUCCAAGUUGCAAGCUUAUUGUCCAGUGUUUUCAAGCUACUUAUGACCCAUCAGGUUAAGCUGGAAAGCAACUUUGCUUGUGUCAUCUUUGCCAUUAUGGUUUUGGAAGGUCUUGGUCGCUCCCUAGACCCUGAACUGGAUAUCCUGAAGGCAGCUAAACCUCUUCUCAUCAACCAUCCAAAUUAGUAAGAAGAGCCUUCACCUUAGUAAGAAGCUGCUUGAACUGCAAGGGUUUGAUUCAGGAUGCUGAUAUUAGAUGCAUCUCUAGAUGCAUUCUAGUCCUUCUACAAACGGUGACCUGCUCGAUCUCCUGGAACAGAGAAAACCCCUUACAGGGCACCAGUCUCAAGGAAAUCAAACCCAUUUAGAGCUUCAAUACUUGUCCAGCUCCCAUGUCAAGACAAGACAUUCUAUCUACCUACCUACCUAUCUGGAGAGAGAGGGGAAGGCGGAUAUUGGUUUUGUGUAAAUGAGAGAGAGAAACAGACUUUCUAAAUUGUUCCUUUUGAAUACUGCUCUGUUUCAAGUCAAAAACAUGACUUUACAAACAAGUUCCAGACAUGUGGAUGGCAAGGGGUUGGGGAAGCUGGUCUGAUAAAUUUAAAUACAUAUUUUUCAAAAUGGAUAUUCUACUUUUCUGCAUUUCACAUGGAUAAUACAAAUCUAAAAAGUGCACCCAUUAAAAUAUGAUUAAUACAGUAAACUGCAAUGCAAACAAUCACAACAUGAAUAUAUAACCUAUAGGCCCUAGAACAGGGCUUCCUAAACUUUUUGCCAUCACACCUCCCUUUAGUGUA